GCUUUGUGGGCUUUCCAAACCUCAUCAAUACUGCGAAGAUGAACAUUGAAACCAUCAGGAAUGAAAGGGAAGAGGAAGCAAAGCCCAUUCUGGGGAUGCAGUUUAAGAUGGAGAUGCUUGUUUACACUCAGGACAGGAAAUACAUCACAGAGAUACGAAAUGGAAUUUCCAAAAACGGCCAGCUGUACUUUGGUGGGACGACCUCAAAGGAGAUGAUGAGACAUUUUGAAGCAUAUUACAAUAUUGCUGGUCAGCGUCUUGCUGACCAGAUCCCCCUGGUGAUCCGGUAUCAGAUGCUGCAGGAGUUUGCCAGCGAGCUGCAGAGUAAGAUGCUGGACGCAUUUACGGAUAAGGAAAGAAAAGAGUACCUGCUUCAAGAGGAUAGUGGCACAAAAAAUAAAAGAGAAGAUCUUAAGAAGCGCCAUGAGCGUCUCUCACGAGCUCACAUUCUGCUGUCUGAAUUCAGUAGGAACACAACUUUAACUGAAGUCAACAACUUCAACUCAAUGGAAAAUUUUCUACCAAAUUUUUAACCUGGCAGCACAAAGCACAAGGUCAGACCUCACUGCAAUCUUUCCAAUUAAAAGUUAAGGGUUUAAAAGGGUUGGGGUUUGCACCUAUAAUCAUUUAUAAGAAACACUGAAGAAUAUUUCUAUACGGGCAUCAGAGAAAAUAGAGACAGUUGCACCAGGAAGUCUUAAAUAUUAGAAAAGAAAAAAAGAAAAACACACAUCCAGGUCU